GAUUUGUUUUGUCUUCAGCUGUGAAAGAACAUAGGAGAACAGGGAUUGGCUGCAACCACUCAACUUUUUUCUCUUCUUCUUCUUCUUUUCACAUUCUGUCUUUCACUUUGGUUAAUUUCUCGUGUAGUGUGUCUGAAACCUCCCCGCCGAUGCCAUGGAUAACUUCCAGACAGUCCUGCGUUUCUUCAUGAACCAGAAAUCCACCAUUGGCUACAGCUUCAUGGCUCUCAUGACUGUAGGUGGGGAGCGAAUUUUCUCCGUGGUUUCCUUUCAGUGCCCGUGCAACCACGACCAGAACUUUGCCUACGGGCUGACCUUCCUGCUGGGCCCGGCUGCAGUGCUCCUGGUUUUGGGUCUCUUGUUCACCGGCAGGUUGUGGAGGCUCUACACUGGCUGCUGCCUCAACCCCAUGAAGCUGUGCCCCCAUGGGAACUGCUUGGGCCACCUCCGGGUGUUGAUGAGCAUUUUCUGUGGAGCUUGUGUGGCUCCUGUAAUGUGGCUCUCCGUGGCCCUGCUCAAUGGGACCUUCUAUGAGUGUGCGGUCAGUGGUCUGGAUGAUAACCUGGUGGUGGACCUGUUCUGUAAAAACAAGACGUUGGCGUGUCGGGAGGAGCUGGCCCGAGUGCCCUGUGAUCGUUCCAAACUGUCCAGCGAUGAGCGCAUGGAGCUGCUGCUCAUGUUCAGGGCCCAGUCCCAGAUCCUGGGCUGGUGUGUGAUCAUUACCGCUGUCGUCGGGGGCCUCCUGGGUACCUGCUACAAAAACUGCCGCUCCAAAGUCAGCUUCCUGCAGCUCACCUUCUGGAAACGCUACAUGGAACAAGAGAAGGAGCGCUUUGAUACUCUCGCUGUGGAAUACGCCACCAAACUGGCCGACAGAAACCUGCAGAGCUUCUUUGAGAACAAGGACCCUGCUCCGUUCCCUUUCCCCAACCACAGGGCAUGGGAGGAGAUCUCUGCAUACUACACCUUCACCCAGAGCGAGCAGUGUUACAGCACCCUGCAGCGCUACGUGGAGAGGACAGACAGGGACCUCCCAGAGAACAAACCUGUGUUGGACAUAGAGUACGAUGAAAGAGAUAUGCACUGAGAAACAACUGACUAUGGUGAGACUGUUAUUAAGUAUUCAUCAUUGUUGUUACUUAACUCUAAGUCUAUUUUAUGUACAAGAUUGACUCAGGAUAAGCUAUGCCAGACUGCCUCUUCACUGACAAAGCUGCCCUUUCACUAUGUUACGCCAAAGAAUGAUAGUAUUGCCAUGCUGCAAUUGUACAACCACUAUUUUAUACACACUAAUUCUCACUACCGCUGCAACACUGCAUGCAUCUAUUAAUAACACUACAUGUUUUAAAAUCAUGUCAUGACCUAGUUAUUAUUUCUGAGAAUAAUUUACAUGUUAUAGAUGACUCUAUUUCCUUAGCAUACAGCAGAAAUAUAUUCACAGUACUACAAAGUUAAUACUUUUAUACAGAUCAGUACUGAAUACUAUAAAAACACUCACAGUUGUAUGAUGUAGUUCUUCCUAUUGUUAGCUAGUUAUUCAAUUCAAUUCAAUUUUAUUCAUAGU